CUACUGCAUACUCCAACUCCGUUUCCUUCCAGUCGCUGAUUGGCUGUCAGUGUUUCAGCGGCUGGUUUCUAUUGGUCUGCGGGCUCCCCUGUCAGACCGGGCCGGUGAGCGCUUCUGCCGCCGGCCUGUUCCGUACAGCAGUACCGUAACAUGGAGCCGCCUCCAGGGCCUUGCUCCUCCCCCCCGGGGCCCCGGCCCGUGCCUCCUCCCCGCAGGGGCUCCAUGGAACGCCGGCCCCUGAGUCCCCUCAAGAGAGGAGGUGAGCAGCUGGGUGCCUGGGAGGCUGCGGGAGAUGGAGGAGUCAGGGGGAGCAAACCAGGGGCCACAGUCACCCAGAGAGUGCUGAUAGUAAUGCAGAGCCAGGAGAUCGCCCUGCCUGCUGCUGGGAACAGUCAUGAGAGUGCCCCUGUAACAAGACCCCCGAGAUCACCACCGGAGAGCGCCCCGAAAUCAUGGGCUCCACCACCAGAGACCGCCUCGAAAUGGGCUCCACCACCAGAGACCGCCUCGAAAUCAUGGGUGCCACCACCAGAGACCACCCCCAGGUCAGGAGCACCACCACCAGAGACCGCCUCGAAAUCAUGGGCUCCACCACCAGAGACCGCCUCGAAAUCAUGGGUGCCACCACCAGAGACCGCCUCGAAAUCAUGGGCUCCACCACCAGAGACCACCCCCAGGUCAGGAGCACCACCACCAGAGACCGCCUCGAAAUCAUGGGCUCCACCACCAGAGACCACCCCCAGGUCAGGAGCACCACCACCAGAGACAGCCCCGAAAUCAUGGCCACCACCACCAGAGACAGCCCCGAAAUCAUGGCCACCACCACCAGAAUCCUCCCCGAAAUCAUGGGCGCCACCACCAGAGAAUGCCCCGAAAUCAUGGCCACCACCACCAGAGACCACCCUCAGAUCAGGAGUGCCUCCACCAAAGAGCCCCCUGAAAUCAUGGGCACCACCACCAAGGAGUCCCCCAAAAUCAUGGGCGCCACCACCUGAUAGCCCCUCAAGAUCAGGAUUGCCUCCACCACCAGAGACCACCCUGAGAUCAGGAUUGCCUCCACCACCAGAGACCACCCUGAGAUCAGGAUUGCCUCCACCACCAGAGACCACCCUGAGAUCAGGAUUGCCUCCACCACCAGAGACCACCCUGAGAUCAGGAUUGCCUCCACCACCAGAGACCACCUUGAGAUCAGGAUUGCCUCCACCACCAGAGACCACCCUGAGAUCAGGAUUGCCUCCACCACCAGAGACCACCCUGAGAUCAGGAUUGCCUCCACCACCAGAGACCACCCUGAGAUCAGGAUUGCCUCCACCACCAGAGACCACCCUGAGAUCAGGAUUGCCUCCACCACCAGAGACCACCCUGAGAUCAGGAUUGCCUCCACCACCAGAGACCACCCUGAGAUCAGGAUUGCCUCCACCACCAGAGACCACCCUGAGAUCAGGAGCUCCACAACGAGUACAGAACCAGGGCACUUCACAAGUGGAACCACCAGGCGGGGCUCAGGGACACUCUUAUUUUCAGAGCACCCAAAAGAAGAACCCCGUCAUAACAGGAGGAAGGCCUCCAUUCCAUACUAUGAUACAGGACUGGGCAGUAUCGCCAUCUCAGAGUGUGCCAAUACAGAACCAGCUGGUGUCACCGCCUCAUGACACAGACACUAGAGGGACAUCACCCUGGGCAGAGGAGUUAGGGCCCAGUUCAGGGGCUUCCUCUCAUUGUCCAGAGGCUCAGGGCUGCACUACAACUCAUGACAGUCCACUGUUGCAGCAAGGAGAUGGCACAAGGGUACAGGAGGACUCUGCUACCCAUAGCGUGUGUCAGUCUGGGUACACAGUAACUGAUGGUGACAUGAAGAGCGGCCUGACCAUGACACCAGAACACAUGAACUCCCUAGCCAAACAACCAAAAGACGUGAUGAGCGCCCCGGCCUUACCACCAGAACAUGUGAAGAGCGCUCUGGCCUUACCACCAGAAGAUGUGAUGAGUGUCCUGGCCUUACCACCAGAAGAUGUGAUGAGUGUCCUGGCCUUACCACCAGAAGAUGUGAUGAGUGUCCUGGCCUUACCACCAGAAGAUGGGAUGAGUGUCCUGGCCUUACCACCAGAACAUGUGAAGAGCGCCCCGGCCUUACCACCAGAACAUGUGAAGAGCGCCCCGGCCUUACCACCAGAACAUGUGAAGAGCGCCCCGGCCUUACCACCAGAACAUGUGAAGAGCGCCCCGGCCUUACCACCAGAACAUGUGAAGAGCGCCCCGGCCUUACCACCAGAACAUGUGAAGAGCGCCCCGGCCUUACCACCAGAACAUGUGAAGAGCGCCCCGGCCUUACCACCAGAACAUGUGAAGAGCGCCCCGGCCUUACCACCAGAACAUGUGAAGAGCGCCCCGGCCUUACCACCAGAACAUGUGAAGAGCGCCCCGGCCUUACCACCAGAAGACGUGAUGAGCGCCCCGGCUUUGCCACCAGAAGAGGUGAAAAGCACCCCUGUACGUGCAGAAGAUGAUAAGAGUGUCCCGGCUGUGAGACCAAAUGACGUGAAGAGUGCUCCAGUUGUAAGACCAGAAGACGUGAAGCAUGCUCCAGUCAUACAACCAGAAGACGUGAAGAGUGCUCCAGCUGUAAGACCAGAAGACGUGAAGAGUGCUCCAGCUGUAAGACCAGAAGACGUGAAGAGUGCUCCAGCUGUAAGACCAGAAGACGUGAAGAGUGCUCCAGUUGUAAGACCAGAAGACGUGAAGAGUGCUCCAGUCAUACAACCAGAAGACAUGAAGAGUGCUCCAGUUGUAAGACCAGACGACGUGAAGAGUGCUCCAGCCAUACAACCAGAAGACGUGAAGAGUGCUCCAGUUGUAAGACCAGAUGACGUGAAGAGUGCUCCAGAUGUAAGACCAGAAGACAUGAAGAGUGCUCCAGCCAUACAACCAGAAGACAUGAAGAGUGCUCCAGCCAUACAACCAGAAGACGUGAAGAGUGCUCCAGAUGUAAGACCAGAAGAUAUGCAGAGCGUUACCACUGUCCCAUCUAAUUUAAUCACACAACAGGAAGCGUAUGAGAAACAAGAUGGAGGCCCUGCGAUGGUUAACAUUACACAGACUCAGGUGAACCCCACUUCUCAGAUGUCCAAUCCACCUGCACAGCCAAGUCUUGGGUUGUCAUCAUUAUCCCCAAUUCGUGUCCUGGACCCUUCUAGCCCACAUAGGAAUAUAUCCUCCAAACCCCCUCUUCCGAUUCCCUCUAGAUCCAACCUAUAUCCUGGUCAUCCCCCCCGUGAACAGGAGACCUCCACCAGUCAUGAGACCGCAUCCCUGUCUAGUUUCAAGUCCAAGGCUCCGGCUCCAGACACCCUCAGUUAUUUGGACUCUGUCAGUCUGAUGUCUGGCACCAUGGAAUCCCUCACUCUACUGGAUGACGCCAGCUCUUUAGGCUCUGACUCUGAGAUUAAUGGCAUGCCGUACAGGAAGACUGACAAAUACGGCUUUCUGGGUGGAAAUCAAUUCAGUGGUAUCGGGGAGAGUGCGAUCCCUGUGGAAAUUGCUCGACAGCGAGAACUGAAAUGGUUGGAGAUGUUCAAUAACUGGGAUAAGUGGCUGACCAGGCGUUUUCAGAAGGUGAAGCUGAGAUGCAGGAAGGGGAUCCCAUCUUCCCUGAGGGCCAAGGCCUGGCAGUUCCUCUCCAACAGCCAUGAACUUCUUAUGAAAAACCCUGGGAAAUUCGAUGAAAUGGAGCGGCAACAAGGAGACCCCAAGUGGUUGGAUGUGAUCGAGAAAGAUCUCCACCGUCAGUUUCCUUUCCAUGAGAUGUUUGCAGCGCGAGGUGGACACGGGCAGCAGGAUCUGUACCGCAUCCUUAAGGCGUACACCGUAUACCGGCCGGAGGAGGGAUACUGCCAGGCCCAGGCUCCGGUGGCAGCGGUCCUGCUUAUGCACAUGCCGGCCGAGCAAGCGUUUUGGUGUCUGGUCCAGAUCUGUGACAAAUACCUCCCGGGAUAUUACAGCGCUGGCCUGGAAGCCAUCCAGCUGGAUGGAGAGAUUUUCUUUGCCUUGUUGCGCAGGGUUUGCCCCAUGGCCUACAGACACCUGAAGAAGUUUAAGAUUGACCCCAUCUUGUAUAUGACCGAGUGGUUCAUGUGCAUCUUCUCCCGCACGUUACCCUGGGCCUCAGUGCUCCGCGUUUGGGAUAUGUUCUUCUGUGAAGGGGUGAAGAUCGUGUUCCGUGUGGGGCUGGUGUUAUUGAAGCACACGCUGGGAUCGGUGGAUAAGCUGCGGAGCUGUCAGGGAAUGUACGAGACCAUGGAGAAGCUAAGAAGCCUCCCGCCACACUGUAUGCAGGAGGAGGUCCUGCUCCCUGAGGUGAGUUCCCUUCCUGUUACCGAUGCUUUAAUAGAGAGAGAGAGUAACACCCAAUUACGGAAAUGGCGGGAAAAUCGGGGGGAGUUACAGUACCGCCCUUCACGACGUCUGCAUGGAGCCAAACAGAUCUAUGAAGAGAAGCUCCGCCUCAACCCCACCCUCAGCGGCAGCCGUCUCAGCCUGUCCAGCCUCCGCCGACCAUCCCCACCAACAACACCGGCACUUGCUGUGCAGCCUGAAUCUGUGGUGGUGUCCGAAGGACUCCAUCCGGCACUACCCUCCCCAACCUCCAACAAGGCUCCUCUUGGACCACCCAGAGAAGCCACCAAGAAGGGCAAAGAGAAGCAAAGGGAGCAGGAGAGAAAAAGAGAGAGAGAAGAGCGUGAGCGAGAAAAGAAGAGAGAAAAGGAAGAGCGAGAGGAGCGGAGGAAGGAGAAAGAGCGGGAAAAGCAGAAAGAGAAGGAGGAGAAGAGAGUUCAGAAGGAGCGAGAGAAGGCCGAUACCAGACAGAAGAAGGAGAGGAAAUUUUCCUUCAGGCGCAAAGAGUCUUCAUCUACAGCAGACUCUCCAAGGAAUAGUGGUCCCGGGGCUACAGACAGUGGUGCAGCUCAUGACACUUACUUCUGAAGGGCCUGAGUGUUUCAGUCGUUGUAGAGUUUUAUGGACUGUGUCCUGCCAGGACUGGUGUUACCCCAUCUGUACUCGAAACAUCUCAUACCCUUUGCCCAUGGCUCUGUGGUGACUGGAUGAGGGGCCGGCUCUUCACUUUGUCAUAGGAAACCUUAAAACUGGAAACCUCUUCCUCCAAGGCAAUUUCUUCUUCCACUACCCCCAAUGUAUGGCCACAGCUUCGUCUCCUGCCCUUCAGGUCUCCAGAGAUAGACUUGGGGGACAGUGGACUCCGGCUCCUCUGUAAAAUCCAGAUGUCGUGGUCUUUAGAAGAAGAAACACUAUUGUCCAUUGGCCUUUGAUCUGUUUUCCUUAUUCUUUGGCUGCUGCAUGCCCUCCAUCCUUCUCGUGUGUGUGUGGGGGGGGGGGGGGCCCCUGUGCUUUGCCCAUGGCGGUGCCUGCACCUCAUCCUUCUAGUGUCUGUGGGCCCAGGGCGGUGCCUGCACCUCAUCUUUCUGGUGUGUGCGGGCCCCUGUGCUGUGCCUGCACCUCAUCCUUCUAGUGUGUGUGGGCCCCUGUGAAGUGCCCAUGGCGGUGCCUUGUGGACAGACGAGAAGCUGUUGUGUUUUGCACUCACAUUGAAAUGAAUGGAAGGUCCUUGUUUACAAUUGUUCGAGGGAUUGCACUUGAUUUGAGUUCCUCUCCUGAGAUGCCUGGUCCUCCUCCCUCGGUGCAUGCCCCGCCUCCACAUUUCACUUUUAGUUGUAUAUAUUUUGGUUACGUUGCUUUCUGUUUUUAAGUGAUUGUUCUGUCCUCCUGAACGCACCGUAUGCAGCUCUGGACCUGGCAGUUGAUCCCACAAGGUGUGCAGAACAUGGGACUAUAUGGACCUCAGACAUGUGUACAUACCUGUAUAUUUAUCUCUGUCUAUAAGGUAAAACGUGAUUCGUGCCGAGAGGCUGAUCCUGUAAUGUAUUCAUCGCUGCAUAUCCUGAGCUUCCGCCGCUCUAUGUGAGCGCCCCCCAUAAUAAUGAGCUGCUUCAUUCUACUCCUCCCUCUGCUCCACCCCUUAUAAUGAGCUCCUCCCUCUGCUCCAUCCCUUAUAAUGAGCUCCUCCCUCUGCUCCAUCCCUUAUAAUUAGCUCCUCCCUCUGCUUCACCCUUAUAAUUAGCCCUUCCCUCUUCUCUACCUUUUACAAUAAGCCCCUCCCGCUGCUUCACACUUAUAAUUAGCUCCUCUCUCUUCCCCACACCUUAUAAUAAGCUCCUCCCUCCCCUCUACCCCUUACAAUUAUUCCUCCCUUUUCCCCACCCCUUACAAUUAGCUCCUCCAUCUCCCCUGCCUCUUCCCCACCCCUUACAAUUAGCUCCUCCCUUUACUCCACCUCAAGUUUCUACUCAUUUGCCCCUUGUGUCCUGCCCAUGGUGGUCCUUUUCUUUGUGUCCAGCCCAUGGUGGUCCCUUUCCUUGUGUCCUGCCCGUGGUGGGCCUUCCGCCGUAUGUUCUGCAUGAUACAUUUCAUUCCGGCUCCGCAUCGGUCAUCCUCUCCUGCACUGAAGAUUGAACUGGAUUAUAUUUAAUAUUAUCGAUCUGUGAGGAUUUGGGGUACAGUUUGGACGUGGGGUGACUGUUGUGUUACGCCUCAACCUCUAUUGCAUCAUUACACAAGUGUAACCCUG